AUGAGCGAAGAGCUAGCUGCGGAGGAUCUCAGCCUGGAACAGAUGAUGAUUAACAAGUGGAUGAAAGGUUACUCGGUUGUGCGGAAACGAACAACACCAUCCACCGCCCAGCUAGCAACUAUGCUAGCAACUAUGCUAACACAGUCGUCACAAGCUGGUUGGACCUCCCGACCUCCCGAGGAUGAUUCCGAUGACGAGAUGGUGUUCAAAGGAUUUGGCAGCAGGGAUCGGAAGAGGAACUCGUUGAGGGAUACCGCGCCGCGGCGUGCGCCCGUCCCCGAAGAUGUCCUAGCCGCAUCUCAAGCUCCUUCGCGUCCGUCCCAAGCAUCCCCGCGUAAGGAGUUCUCUUCAAUAUCCACUGAUGCGUCCGACUAUGGGGAGUUCGGGCUUCGCUCGUCCCAGUCAUGCGAUACGUGGCUGCGGAAAGCGUCGCAGCCUACCAUCCCGGACGACGCGCCCUUCUCCCAAGGGCUUCCUUCUUCGCGUUUAGAGCCGCAAGGCCAGGAAAUGCAGGAUAUUAGACUACCAGAGACAGCCGAGUUGAAGUACGAGGACGUCGACGACUCAGAUAAUCGAGACAGCAGCGAGGGCGGGAGUAUCGCCUGUUGUGCCAUCGAUGCGGCGGGGUUCCAUAUACAGGUGAGCACUACCAUACGUCCACUAUCAACGGCGUCGAGGGAGAGAAAUCCGGAUACCAUUGUACCACCAGAAGGGGAGACUAGGGAGUCGGUCAUCGUGGACUUCGUGACUCAAUACAUGCGAACCAUGUUCAAACACGGCAUCAUUCUUGAACCUCGCCACAAAAACGACAUCUUUGACGUUCUAACGAGGGGGUGGGACAACGGUCGGAUCACGUUCAAAAGCCUCGAUAAUUGUCGACACCAUGUCAGGAGCAUGUAUCCAAUUCCUGACGAGAGGGACCUGCCCGAUGUGCGGAGAUACUUCUUCCGCUGGGAGCUUCCCUACGUCAAAGAGGAGGACUGGUUCAAGCGGCGCAAACGUAUCUUUCCGUUGGUCGAGGAUCCCGACCAUCUAGGUGAAUUUUACUCUACCAGACUGGGUCCCGGCGUACUUCAAGAUGGCCAGUACUAUGAUCGUUCUGACACAUCUCCUCCCCAAGGUUCGAGAUUGUGCUGCCCUCCCCGCAGCCCACACUACGAUGACGACGACGAGGACAACAAGAUGGUCUUCAGACGGUUCGGCUAUCAGCCAACGGAGUCGGUGAAAGUCGACGGCAAUACUGCCUCCGCUCGCCUCGGUGCUCGGUCUACGCCCGUCGCCUCGUCUCUUGCUGGACCGUCACGGCCACCCACCGCAAGGAAGGGGCCGUCAUAUUGCCCGGACCCUGCCCUCAAAGCGACGCCGUACCACUCCAUUCACCUUCUUAAGGCUGUUUCGCCCUCGCCUGAAUCAGACCGGGUCCACGCCCAAACUACCGCCGGGGCGGCGGCGGCGGCUCCUGGACCGUCUCUCUAUCUUGGCGAAGCGAUAUCCCGUGACGAGCACUCGGACCGCGCUAGUGGCCAAUGUGACGUGGACGGUCCCGAACAGCUUGCUGACCCUUAUGCCUCUUCUCGUAUCUCUGCCUCUGCGGAGUUUGUGGUGGGGCCAGCGUGCGCUGGACUGUCACAGUCUGUCCUCGGCAAACGGGUGCGCGACGUGGACCGAAACUCGGACAGCGAUAACGAACAGCCGCGGCUCACGAAACGUGUCGAGAACUUCUUGGGGUCGCGGUAGCACUUCAUAUCUGCUCAGUAUUUUCAGUGUGCUGUAAAUAACUCUGCAAUCUGUGUUGGAGGAAUAUAGGCAA